AUGUUCUCGUGCUUAAUUCGUCCUUUGUCUCAGCAACGCCCUGCACAUACCUUACCCUUUGCUUUCUUUACUACUUAUUCGCCACUAAGAAGUAAAUAUCCAACAGACGCUGCCGAAGGCGCCAGUGAAUCUGUUAACCCAUAUAAAGAGAUAUUGAUUGAAAGUCAUGAAAAGGUUGGUUUGCUAACCUUGAAUCGGCCUAAGGCAUUGAAUGCUCUAUCAAGCAGUCUUUUCCACGAAAUCAAUGAUGCACUUGAACGCUAUGAUAAUGAUCCAGAUAUUGGAGCUAUUGUAAUUACUGGAAAUGAACGAGCAUUUGCAGCUGGUGCGGAUAUCAAGGAAAUGCAAGACAAAACUUUUGCGGAAGUUUACAAAGCUAAUUUUCUUGGACAUUGGGGAAGAAUUAUUGAUAUACGGAAACCAAUCAUUGCUGCCGUCAAUGGUUUUGCGCUGGGUGGAGGAUGUGAAUUAGCAAUGAGUUGUGAUAUUAUAUACGCUGGAGAAAAAGCGACAUUCGGCCAACCCGAAAUAAAGCUUGGAAUACUACCGGGUGCUGGAGGUACACAACGUCUCACUCGUGCUAUCGGCAAAUCCAAAGCGAUGGAAAUUAUUCUCUCGGGUAAAAAUUUUACCGCGGAAGAAGCUGAAAAGUGGGGUCUCGUGAGCAAAGUGCUGCCAGUUGAUAAAGUAUUAGAAGAAGCGAUCAAGCUGGGACAACAAAUUGCUAACCUAUCACAACCGGCUGUCCAAGCUGUGAAGGAAUCAAUUAAUAAUGGGAUCAUUCGAAUUAUCGCUGAAGGAAGGAUGUCAUUUCGAGAGAAGGUUAUUCCAGAGCACUUUUGCGUUGGUAAGACGGAUUGUUUCACGCGUUUUGACUUUGAAUAUCAUCAUAUAUCUUCAGUGCGAAAGAAUAAUAAUAGCAGAAAGAAAAGCAUGGCAUCCAAAAAACGAAGUUAUCGUAAAAGAGUUGGUUCGUCCGAUGACGAGCAAAAAGACACAAACAAACAAACUCAAAGUUCUGAUAUAAUGCAACAACAGCAAGAAGUGGAUUCGGAAGUGAGUGAGACAAUCGAAGAUCUUAUCGAGUUACGAAAAUAUCGACGAAGACCACAAGGUAUUGACGUAGAGAAACUGUCGAAAGGGGAUGUGAAACUAAAGAAAAAGAAGAAAGAUGAUGAUCCAUGGAAAUUGAAUUCUGGCGGACUGGUGGAUAUUGAAGCGGUAAAGGCAGCAAAAGAGGAAGAAGAGGAGGAGACUGGUGAACAACGAAAAAUCAUGCUUGACUCAUUUACUAAGCAGACGAACGCGUUAGAUAUUGAUAAACACAUGAUGGCAUUUAUCGAGGAAGAAAUGCGUAAACGUAGAGGCGGACAACAAUCUACAACACUCUCUAAAAAUGAAGAUGAAGUUGAGGCUAAUAAUAAACCUUUGAAUCCCGAAGAUGAAUUGUUUCAACCGCCAGAUCAUUUACGGAUUGAGAGUAAGCCAAUUUCAGAGGGAAACGUGCAAUUAUCGACAACUAUGCUUACCGCUAUCCCGGAAGUUGAUCUAGGCAUAGAUGUACGAUUAAAGAAUAUUGAAGAAACAGAAAAGGCAAAACGAAGAUUAUUGGAAGAACGACAUCAAAAACCUACCGAGGACAAGAAUUCGCUUCCAGGAACGAAUUUUGCAACAAAUAAUCGAUUCUUUCGUAAUCGACAAGCGACAAGUGAUGAACAAGGAGGAAGAGGCCGUAUCAAUUAUAAUAAAAAUGAACAACAAUCAAGUGAUACCAAAUCUGUACGAGAUCAAUCACAACAAUCACAACACUACCAUCAAAACAAGAGUAAUGCAAGCGGUAGCGGUCAACGUAGAGAGAUGGCUACUGAUGAUAUUGUGGCGGAAAGAUUCAAAAAACGACUGCGGCGUUAA